CCACCCUGCCGCACGACCGCGAAGCCCCAAUCAAGCUUUCCCCCGUCCCCUCAUUCCAUCCCACCAUCCGUCUUCUAUCUCUUCCGUCCACCCUGCCUAACACGCACUGGAGAAGAAGGGAAAAAAUCCUCUUCAAACCCUAGUGAAGAGCAGUAUGAUCGUGAUGUAGUCUGCUUAGCGCGCGCGGGAUUGCGGGUUUGGAUUCGUGGUUUGGAAGUUUCAAGCGAAUCCAUGGCCCAGGGGCGGUAGAUGGCUAAUUUCAGGAGGCUUAAUUUGGCAUUGUGACGUUACUCUCUCUGCUCUGCUGCUUUUGUCUGUUGCAGCCAGCAAUUAGGCUGCCAAAGGAUCAAUCUAAUUACCCCCUCCAUCGAUAUCACUCUAUUAAUAUUUGGUUUAUGUGAUGCAGUGAUGUGGUGCAAAAUCACAAUCAUCUUUAAAUUUUGGGUUAGGUAUCUCUAAAUUUUUGUUUCUCUUACUCAUGCUUGAUAAUCAUCAGGGAACACCUGAAGAACUGAUCCAGUGCUCGUAGCAGCUAAUUGUCGGCGUGGUGGAAGACGAUGUUGGGAAGAGAGGAGAAAUAUGUUAGAUUUGAGGACUGGAGAUCAGAGCAGUCUAUUAAUUCAGAAAACAUAGUCUCACCACGAAGACACGAUGUAUUUGAACCACUUAAAGAAAGAAUUGCUGGCUGUUUUGCAUUCAUUCGGGACUUUCUGCAUCCAGAAACCUUAACAAGAUCAAUGCUGGAUGACAGAAAGUCCACAACAAAAAUUCUUCACCCUCAAGGACCAUUUCUACAAAGAUGGAACAAGAUAUUUGUGUUAUCAUGCAUUUUCGCAGUUUCUGUGGACCCAUUGUUCUUCUAUAUCCCGGUUAUCAAUGAUCAAAAAUCUUGUUGGUAUUUGGAUAGGAAGUUGAAAAUCGCAGCAAGUGUCCUGCGCUCUUUCACAGAUAUCUUCUAUAUACUCCAUAUCAUAUUUCAGUUCCGUACGGGCUUUAUCACAUCUUCUUCUACAAGCUUUGGCAGGGGUGUCUUGGUCGAGGAUCCGCAUGCAAUAGCAAAGCGUUAUUUCACAACAUAUUUUCUGAUUGAUGUCUUUGCUGUCCUACCCCUCCCUCAGGUGAUUAUUUUGGUUGUGCUACCUAUUCUUCAAGGCUCAGAUGUCAUGAAAGCCAAAAACACCUUGAUGCUUAUUGUUAUAUGCCAAUAUGUGCCUCGGCUUAUUCGAAUAAGACCGUUGUAUCUUCAGAUCACAAGAUCUGCUGGUAUAAUUACAGAAACAGCAUGGGCUGGUGCUGCUUUCAACCUUGUAAUUUACAUACUUGCUAGUCAUGUCCUUGGAGCGGUUUGGUACUUGCUUUCCAUUCAACGCAAAGGUGCCUGCUGGAGACAGCAGUGUCUUAAUCAAAGGGGCUGUAAUUCCACAUAUUUAUACUGCGGAAACAUAGUCGAUGACACGGAUCGUGGAAAUGCUUUCUUACAGACUGUUUGCCUUCUCUCCGCAAACAAUCUUCCAGAUCCAAUCUUUGGAAUUUAUGUGCCGGCUCUGAAAAAUGUUUCGCAAUCAACAAAUCUCUCUGUGAAAUUAUUCUACUGUGUUUGGUGGGGUCUGCAAAAUCUUAGCUCUCUUGGCCAAAACCUGCAAACAAGCACUUAUGCAUGGGAGAAUUUAUUUGCAGUUUUUGUCUCAAUAUCAGGCUUAGUUCUGUUUUCACUUCUAAUUGGCAAUGUGCAGACAUAUUUGCAGUCAGCCUCUUUGAGAAUAGAAGAAACGAGAGUUAAAAGCCGUGACACAGAUCAAUGGAUGUCAUAUCGACUACUUCCUGAGAACCUCAAGGAACGAAUAAGGCGUUAUGAACAAUAUAGAUGGCAAGAGACAAGCGGGGUUGAUGAAGAGAAUCUCCUCACGAACCUCCCCAAGGAUCUUAGGAGGGCUAUAAAACGGCAUCUUUGUUUGUCACUUCUCAUGAGGGUUCCAAUGUUUGAAAACAUGGAUGAUCAGAUCUUGAAUGCCUUGUGUGACCGCUUAAAGCCUGUUUUAUACACAGAAGGCGGCUGCAUCGUUCGUGAAGGAGAUCCAGUGAAUGAAAUGUUCUUCAUCAUGAGAGGAGAUCUCAUGAGUGUGACGACAAAUGGUGGAAGAACUGGUUUCUUCAACUCCGAUGUUCUGAAAGGUGGAGAUUUCUGUGGUGAGGAGCUCCUAACAUGGGCUCUUGAUCCCAAUUCAACAUCCAGUCUUCCCAGCUCAACCAGGACAGUGAAGUCGAUGUCUGAAGUUGAAGCUUUUGCAUUGAUGGCUGAAGAUUUGAAGUUUGUGGCCACCCAAUUCCGACGACUCCAUAGCAAACAGCUUCGGCACACAUUUAGGUUCUAUUCACAGCAGUGGAGAACCUGGGCCGCUUGUUUUAUACAAGCAGCCUGGCACAGGCGCUGCAGAAAGAAGAUGGAAGAUUCUUUACGUGAUAAGGAGAAGAGGCUGCAACUCGCGAUUGUGAAUGAUGGCUCCACUUCCCUCAGUUUUGGUGCUGCAAUACACGCUUCACGUUUUGCUCGCAACAUGAUGAGGAUCUUGAGGAGAAAUGCCACCCGCAAGGCCCGUCUGCAGGAAAGAGUGCCUGCAAGGCUGUUACAGAAACCAGCAGAACCCAAUUUUUCUGCAGAACGGCAGUAGUUAUGCUUACUAUAUGACUUUUUUUCUUGCAUGAUUUUUGUAGAUUGACUCGCUGAUCUUAAUUCUUAACCUAAAUUUUCACUAGCACUCAAAGGCCAAGGGAGAAACCGCUAUAGCAUCACACCUGAGUGUGGUUUAGACUUUAGACAGUAACACUAUAUUUGUUGGAGUAUAUAGAUAUUUAGUGUGGAUGUGAUUAGUAAUUUGGUUUUUCAUACAUAAUGUGUGUGUGCAGUGAGCAUUCCUGUUUCAUGUUCCCAUCCGAGAAUGUAAGUCUCAUCAUAGGAUAAUGUAACACGAAGUUCAAUGUAACAUAGUCUCAUAUAUUGACUUUGACAUGAUAUAGAAUUAAAUGGGUUUUCUUACAUUA